GUUAUUCCCAUCCCUAGAAAAGAUUGUAUGUGGCAGUUGUUCAUUUGUUCUUCACUUUUCUAAUUUCUUCUUACUAUUUCUAGACACUUCUUAAAACAAUCAUCCAAAGCUGUUAAGCAAAACCCUUUGGUUUCCCGAUGAAAUGCUAUGGUCUUCAGUUUGAUAAAUCAUGGGUAGUUUCCGAAAGGCAAAAUCAGCAAUUGAUUCACUCCUUCAUCUUAGUUCAAAGAUUUCUAAUGGAAGUAGAAAUCCAAUUCGUCAAGGUAAUCAUCAUUUCACGCAAUUUGAUACCUCUAGGGUUUCUGGGUGUUCGUUUUCUUCAUUGGUUCGAUCAAAGUUUACUCCUUUUCAACAAAAUCACCAAUUUUUUAAUGGCGGGGGGCGUAGAUUUUACUAUGCAGAUAGAUAUCAAGUCCAACAUUUUAAACCGAGAGGACCAAAAAGAUGGUUUGAAAAUCCUAGAAAUGUAUUGAUUGUAGUUUUGGUUAGUGGGGGAGUUUUUGUUACUGUAUAUGCUGGGAAUUUAGAGACAAUUCCUUACACAAAAAGAAGUCAUUUUGUGCUUUUAUCAAAAGAAUUAGAGAAACGAAUGGGAGAACAAAGUUUGAAUCAGAUAAAGAAUGCAUUCAGAGGGAAGAUACUACCAGCAAUGCAUCCUGAAAGUGUUAGAGUUAGAUUGAUAGCGAAAGAUGUCAUUGAAGCUUUAGAAAGAGGGAUUAGACAUGAACAAGAAUGGAGUGAUCCUGCAUAUAGCAAUCGACAUGUUGAGAGUGAUGAUGAGGAUGCUAGACGAAUUGUUAUUGCUUUGAUUGGUGGCGGUGAGGGGAAAAUUGAAGGGAAUUGGAGGAAAGAAGAGGAAGUUCUUGAUGAUAAUUGGGUUCAAGAGAGUAGAAAGAAAGGUCGAGAGAAAGGUGCUAAAGUUGCUACUCAACAUUUGGAAGGAUUGAAAUGGGAGGUUUUGGUUGUUCAUGAACCAAUCGUUAAUGCUUUUUGUAUUCCCGGUGGGAAGAUUGUUGUUUUCACUGGUUUGCUUGAUCACUUCAGAACAGACGCUGAAAUAGCUACAGUUAUUUCACAUGAGGUUGGGCAUGUUGUGGCAAGACAUGGAGCAGAGCAAAUUUCAAACAAUAUGUGGCUUACAAUUUUUCAAAUAAUUCUUCUGCAGUUCAUUGGUAUGCCGGAUCUUGUAAAUCUGACAUCACAACUUUUCCUUAGGCUUCCUUUUUCUCGAAGGAUGGAGAUGGAGGCAGAUUAUAUUGGUUUGCUCUUGCUUGCCUCAGCUGGGUAUGAUCCACGGAUAGCGCCUCGAGUGUAUGAGAAGCUUGGGGAGGUCACUGGAGACUCUUCAUUGAAAGAUUAUCUCGCAACCCAUCCAUCUGGAAAGAAGAGAGCGCAAUUGCUAUCCCAAGCCAAAGUUAUGGAAGAAGCCCUUCGCAUAUAUAGGGAAUCAAGAUUAGGCAGAGGUGUUGAAGGCUUCCUGUAAGUGAAGAAGAAUUGGGACAUGCCUCUGGAGUAAUCCUAUAUAUAUAAAGUUCUAGUAACACAUAAUUAAAGUUCUGUUCAAUGAGCAUAUUAAAAAAUAAAAUCCAGAAAUUUGUUGUUCAUCACCAAACCAACCAAAGAGAUGAAUAUUUGGAUUCUGGAAGAUUAGAAGGGUUCUCCGGAUUUCUAUUUUUCUUG